AUGGCACUCGACAGCGACCCAGCACAGAGCGAAACAAUCGCACGCAACGGCACCAACACACCCGACGCAACAGCAAACAAAAAGCCACCCGUCGUCUGCGUAUUCUGCGGCGCCUCCCCGGGCACAUCCCCCUCCCACCUCGAAGCCGCCCGCGCCCUCGCCCGCGCCAUGCACGAAGCCGGCAUCCACCUCGUCUACGGCGGCGGCACCACGGGCGUCAUGGGCGAAAUAGCCAAAACCCUCGUCUCCCUCUCCGGCCCCGAAUCGGUCCACGGCGUGAUUCCCCGCGCGCUCCUCGAAUUCGAGCGCGACGCCGAGCACAAGGACGCGAACGUCAUCGACGAGAAAAUCUACGGCCGCACCACCGUGGUCAAAGACAUGCACACGCGCAAACAACUGAUGGCCAGGGAAGUCAUCGAGAGCGGGGUAGGGGGCGGGUUCGUAGCGUUGUCUGGAGGCUACGGGACGAUGGAGGAGCUGAUGGAGGUAGUGACGUGGAAUCAGCUGGGGAUUCAUGCGAGGGGGGUUGUGAUUUAUAAUGUGGAGGGGUAUUAUGAUGGGUUGUUGAGUUGGGUGCGGAAUGCGGUGCAGAGUGGGUUUGUGAGUGAGGGGAACAGAGGGAUUAUGGUGGAGGCGAGGACGGGGGAGGAGGUGGUGGCGAAGUUGACGGGAUAUAAGACGGCGGAGGGGAGGUUUAAGUUGAAGUGGGGGGAGAAUUAG